AUGGAGGCCGGACAGCAGAAUCAAGAGACGACGAACGGUCGGCCCGGGCAUAGGAGACAUAGGUCGAGCCAGGGGUUUUUGAGGCAUGGGAGGGAGACGUAUAGCCAUGCGCAUUUUCGGGUGUAUAAGAGGAGGUGGUUUGGGUUGGCGCAGUUGGUGCUGUUGAAUAUCGUUGUUAGUUGGGAUUGGUUAACAUUUGCGCCCAUCUCGGCGACCGCCGCGGAGUACUUCGAUGUCUCGGAGACGGCCAUCAACUGGCUGAGUACAGGCUUUCUGUUCGCGUUUGUCGUCAUAUCACCAGUGACGAUCUACACCCUCCACCGCGGCCCCAAACACGCCAUUCUCUGGUCCUCGGCUUUCCUCCUCGUAGGUAACUGGAUCCGCUACAUCGGCACGCGGGUUUCUGGCGGAAACUACGGCGUCGUGCUGUUCGGCCAGAUCGUGACGGGUUUGGCGCAACCUUUUGUCCUCGCGGCCCCGACGAGGUAUAGUGAUUUGUGGUUCACGGAGCGAGGACGCGUAUCAGCAACGGCGCUGGCGAGUUUGGCGAAUCCUUUUGGUGGUGCUCUCGCCCAACUAAUCAACCCCCUCCUCCCCACCGUCCCCUCGAUCCUCCUCCUCACCACCCUCCUCUCGACCCUCUCGACCCUCCCCUCCCUCUUCCUCCCCUCCGCACCCCCAACACCACCCACCCACUCCUCCACCCUCGCCAAACCCGCCCUCCUCCCCAGCCUCAAAUCCUCCCUCCUCCCCAACCCAACCUUCUACCUCCUCCUCCUCACCUUCGCCACCUACGUCGGCCUCUUCAACGCCUUCUCCUCCCUGCUCAACCAAUUCCUCUACCCCUACGCCUACACCGAGGACCAAGCCGGUAUCUGCGGCGCGCUCCUCAUCCUCGUCGGCCUCGCCACCGCGGCAUGCACGUCGCCCCUCUUCGACCGCACGCACGCUUACCUCUUGGGCAUCAAAACCCUGUGUCCGCUCGUCUCCCUCGCGUACCUCGCCUUCGUCUGGGCGCCCCAGACCCGCGGUCUACCGGCCCCGUAUAUCCUCGCUGCCGUCCUGGGCGCUAGUAGCUUUGCCCUGCUGCCCCUGAGCCUCGAGUACUUGGUCGAGGUGACGUGGCCCGCGAGUCCUGAGGUGGGGAGCACGAUGUGUUGGGCUGGGGGCCAGUUGUUUGGUGGGAUUUUCAUCGUCGUGAUGAAUGCGCUUAAGGAGGGGGAGUCGGAACUCGAUGGGAAGAAGGGCGGGAAGGGGGAGGUGGUGCGGGUUCCUGGGGGCGAUAGACCGCCAGGGAAUAUGUAUAGGGCGCUGGUUUUUCAGGCGUGUGUGGCUAUGGUUGUGCUGCCUUGCCCGUUGGCGUUGGGGGUCAAGAGAUUGGGGUUGGCGCAUGAGAAGGGGAGGUUGAGGAUGGAUGAGGCGGGAGAGGGGGAGGGGGAGGUUCAAGGAGGUGGGAAUGGAGUCGCGAGGGGUAGGGAGGGCGAGGGUGAGGAUGGCCAGGGUGAUUGA